UGUUAUUCUAGAGGAGCUUCAUCCACCCUGGAUGUGCUAGGAUUGGUACAAGCACUUUCCAGAGGUCAUGCAAGUCUUGGGGCUGCUCUCCUCCCCCUCUAGUCCUGCUUGAGAAUGUGUGUGUGUGUGUGUGUGUGAGAUGACUGCUAAGAGCAGAGGGACGGAUGGCGGAUCUCACACACUCCAACUACAACAGCAGGCAGCCUGGGAUGUUCUCUUUGCCUUCCUUUGGCUGCAGGGAGAGCUCUGUACUGCCUGGCACUGGAAGAGGCGACAAACAGAAGAAGAAAUCCUUCUAUUUAGUCAGGAUGAAGCCUCUGAAAGAGCCCAUCAACAACAACGUGUCCUUUGUCAUCCACUGUCACAUAGGGAAGGAGAUCAAGCACAUUUGCAGCAACUGCAGUCGCGGAGAAGAAGCUCGAGAGGCUGAGGAAGUGGAGAGACUGGCUGCAAUGCGCUCUGAAUCCUUAGUGCCCGGUACCCACACUCCGCCAAUCAGGAGAAGAAGUAAAUUUGCCACUUUAGGAAGAAUUUUCAAGCCAUGGAAAUGGAGGAAGAAGAAAAGUGAGAAAUUCAAGCAAACAUCUGCAGCACUAGAGCGAAAGAUUUCAAUGAGACAGAGCAGAGAUGAACUUAUUAAAAGAGGAGUUUUAAAAGAAAUCUACGAUAAAGAUGGUGAUUUACAGAAUGAUGAAGGAAUGAUGGAAAAUGGACAAACAAUUGGAACAGGUUCAUCCACCCUAUCAGUCAUAACAGAGCUUGAAUCAAGCACAGUGUCAGGGGAUACAUGUGCAUAUGAAGUUCUUCCAACCUCAGAACUCAUGGAUGGGACAGUGUCUGAAGAUCUCUCAUCAGAGCCAGGAUCCAUGUCCCAGGAUCCAUCAUACAAGCCAACCCUGCUACUACCCCCCAAAAAAUCUACUGCUUUCCCUGUAGAUCAUGAGGACUGCCCUGUGAAACCGCUAUCUUUCCACAAGCAGCCCCCUGCCCUGCCUCCUAAACCUAUUUCCAGAAUUGCCAAUCAUUUAACAGACUCCGGAGCACCUGUGAAACUGCCUUGUAUGCCGGGGAAGAUGUCUCCUCCACUACCUCCAAAGAAAGUUAUGAUAUGCAUGCCAUUAGGAGGAGCAGAUUACUCCCACUCCUAUAGCAAUCAGAAAAGCUCUCAUCAUCACAGUAUCCUGCCAUCUCAGCUAGCCGUCCACCAGCACCAACUUCAAUAUGGGAACCAGCACCUGUCAUCUGGAUCCAGCUCCGUACCCAUUCAUCCUUCACUACCUCCCGGAUGUAGGGUGAUAGAGGAGUUGAACAAGACACUUGCCAUGACCAUGCAGAGGUUAGAAAGCUCGGGUUUGCAUGGAGGUGAUGGCAUGUCAAAAGCAGGGCUCAGUGGAUAUUCUGACAUGAGACAAGUGCCAACCGUUGUUAUUGAAUGUGAAGAUGACAAGGAAAACGUGCCUCAUGAAUCAAACUAUGAUGACUCCUGCCUCUACUCCAGAGAUGAUGAAGAUGAUACAGAUGAAGAUACAGAUGACGAUGAUGAUGAUGAUGAUGAUAGCUCAUUAUACACAAACUCCUUGGCAUUAAAGGUCCUCAGGAAGGAUUCGCUGGCGAUUAAGUUAAGCAACAGACCCUCCAAGAGAGAGUUGGAGGAGAAGAAUAUCCUCCCCAAGCAGACAGAUGAGGAGAGGCUGGAACUCCGGCAACAGAUUGGCACUAAACUUACAAGGCGAUUGAGCCAAAGGCCAACAGCUGAAGAGUUGGAGCAGAGAAAUAUUUUGAAACCUCGUAAUGAACAAGAAGAGCAGGAGGAAAAACGAGAGAUAAAGAGGAGGCUAACACGCAAGCUCAGUCAGAGGCCAACAGUGGAGGAAUUACGUGAGAAGAAGAUCCUGAUACAUUUCAGUGAUUAUGUGGAGCUUGCAGAUGCACAGGACUACGAUAGGAGGGCGGAUAAACCAUGGACUCGUCUCACAGCCGCUGACAAAGCAGCCAUACGAAAAGAGCUGAAUGAAUUUAAAAGUACAGAAAUGGAAGUUCAUGAAUUAAGUAGGCAUUUAACAAGGUUUCACAGACCCUAGCAUCAAAGUUCUACUUGAAUACUAUUUUCAAAAAGGGAACCACAAAGUGCUGGGAUAUUUUAUUUUCUCUUAUACGUCAAUGUAAAUCUAUGGAACUGCCGUGUUUCUCAAGAGAAAAUAACGGCAUUUACAUAGUCUUCAUAGAUGAUCUCCAUCUUCACUAGACCUUCUCAAUGUGAAGCAUUGUGCAACGGAAAAUGUCAGCAGAAGUGUGGAUUUGUCCAGUAUGUACAAAGUGAACAGAUGUUGUCCUUCCGUCAGUGCUUGGGCGUCAACAUCUAUGUGUCGCUGUGUUCGGUAGUCCACGUGAAAGGAAACGUGAAGGGUCCUUGAACCUGAACAAGCAGAGGAGUCCUGUGAAGCAUAUGUCAAAAAUUCUUGAUGCAUUCAGCCAAAUCUAUAUGGGCUUUGUAAGCAAAGAAGAGAGACUUGCACUACUAUUCCUCUGUAAAGCAUUCCCAGUUCAUGUUGCAUCUUCCACGCCAGAGACUGGUUGCUGAAUUCUGAGCCCGUUGGGGUAAAUGGAACAUGUGCUCACUCAGCAGAAUAUAGAGAAAUGACAGGGAAGGAAUGGCCAGCAACAUGUAGCUUUGCAGCUAUUAUCUGGCAACAAAAUCAUCAUCAUGUGCCGUAGCCAUUAAGAGCGUAAUCAGGGUCGGAUAAUAAAAGCUCACAGAGACAUUAACCCAUUUAAAGAACACAAAUAUUCUUUUUUUUAUUAUUAUUAUUUCAAAUUACCUAAAGUGGUGUGGCCCGAAUGUCAGUGUACUUAGGUUCUGAGUCUGCAUACCUGGUUAUGUGUAUUUUGCACAGUGCAUUUCAUUGUACCAUAUUUCAAUUGCAUACAGUUCUUGAGUUGAGCAGGCCGCUCAAUGUAUUUUUGUUACUACAAUUCUGUAUCAGGAGGUGCAGUCUUGGUCAGUCCAAAUUUUUCAUUUCACAUCCCACAAUAAUAUUUUCCCAAAGGCAGAUAUUGAUGGUGUUUGUCUUUGGGAAUGUGGUGUCAUUAUAUUGUGCCUGUUCUGUAUAGACUAGGAACGACUGCAACGUCAGAGUCAGACAUUUCAUCAGGUUAGACGUUUCCCAUGACUGGGCCUGUUCAUAUAAACAUGGAGUUUUCUUGUAAAUUAAAUAAACAAGAAUAUUUUUCAAAAUCGA